AUGUGGAAACCCCUCCGUCUAGCGACCGUUGCCGGCCCUCUCACGCCAAGCUUCCUCUCAACGGCGCGCGCGAAACGGCCAAGCCAGCCCGGGCUCACAUCGACAUCCUACAUUGACGGAUUGCGCGGCUACGCGGCAGUUAUUGUCGUCAUUUUCCACACGUCGCUGAUAUACAGCUCCAACAUUGUCUUCUUCAGCUACGGCUUCGAGGGGAACAACCGUAACCUCCUGCAGCUGCCCAUUGUCCGCCUGCUCUUCUCCGGCCACAGCAUGGUGUCGAUGUUCUUCGUGCUCGGCGGCUACGUCAACGCGCUCAAGCCGCUGUCGCUCAUCCGCUCCGGCAACCUCGCCGACCUCGCGCCGGCGCUGAGCUCGAGAUUGCUGCGGCGCGUCGUCCGACUCUGCAUUCCGCCGCUGGUCUCGACGCUGGCCAUUGCCAUCACCCUCUACCUCGGUCUGUGGGAGCCCGCUCGACAAAACCUCCCCCUCCUCCGCUUCACAGACGGCUUCCCCUCGCGACAAGACACGCUCGCCGCGGAGCUAUACAAUUGGUACUGCGAGAUGGUGAAGCUGUUCAACUUGGCGGCCGAGCCGUACUUUUCGGACUACGACAACCACCUGUGGACGGUGCCGACGGAGUUGCGGGGCGGACUCGUCCUCGCCGUCGUGCUGCUGAUGGUUGCCCGGUGCACGACGCGGGGCCGACUUGUGCUGUUGACUCUGUUGGCCGCGUACAUGGUCGGCUGCGGCAGGUGGGAGAUAGCACUGUACAUCGCCGGCGCUGGUCUUGCGGAGCUGGAUAUGAUGCGGCCACGGUCCAGCAGUAGCAGCCCAGUUCUAGCCACCCUGCCAUGCGCCGCUGGGAAACCGAACACGGGCCUCUCACUGCAAGAGAGGAAGCCGAGAUACGUUCGUUUAGCGCUUCUCACGUUGACGUCCCUGCUUCUGCUGUCGUGUCCCUCGGAAGCACUUGAUCGCACGCCAGGCUACCGUCAUCUUCUCAAGGUUGUGCCUGCGAGCCUCAGCGCCGUACCGUUCCGCUUCAUUCAUGGAGUGGGCGCCAUCCUGGCAGUACAUACCUUGUCGCAGUCCAAGACACUGCAGAAGCCCUUCACAUCGAGCUUGUCUCAGUAUUUGGGAUCCAUCAGCUUCUCGCUGUACAUCGUGCAUGGCCCUGUUCUGCACAUAAUCAGCUACGCGCUGGUGCCGGCGCUGUGGCGCAUCAUCGGACAAGGCACCGAUAUCCGCUACAAUCUCGCCGUUUUUGCCGGAAACGGAUUAGCAUAUUUGAUUUUACUAUGGAUCGCGGAUCUAUUCUACACUCAUGUUGACAUGAGCGCCGUCAAGUUGAGUAGACAGUUUGAACAGGCAGUUACGACGUAG